AUGGAGCAACCCUGGUCCUCGAUUCCAAAAACUUUCUACGAUCAGGUAACAGAUUGCCUCACCGAAGCCCCUGGUAUUCUCGAACGCGUGGCGCCACUGUGGCAUCUGAGUGCCACUCAACAACUUGACCUAGUCUAUGAGUUGGUACAUGAAUGUAGGCACAUCGACGAGAGACUGGCCAUUAUUCACGAUGAAAUGCUACGCGCCGCACCCGAUCCACUAUAUUGGUCAAUACCAUCCGAUUUUACGUUGAUAUUCGGUUCUGACAACCCUGUGACCUUUCCAGUCAUUUACUGGUUCUCUGAUCUUCACUGCGCUGCAACACUCAUCCUCCUGUGGGCAACUCGAACGAUGAUAUGGACGGGACUUUACAAUCUAUACAGCAAUGUCGACAAAAUCAUGGCCACGAAGGGCUCGGUCUUUGAAGCUUAUGAGACUAUGGCUCCGCAAAUCUCGGGAGUUGAAGUGGUCAACCCGCUUCCUCCUCUUGAUCGCUGCACAGACAUUCUUUCUAUGGCUCACCGGGUGUGUAGAUCCGUGGAAUUCUUUCUCCGAGACGAUAUGCUACUAGCUGGGCCAUUAUCUAUAAUUCCAGCACUUGGUAUCGUCAUCGACGCUCUAAAGAACCAGCCAUCUCACGCCCCAGAGGUUGCAUGGCUACAGGAAGCUUUAGAGGUAGUUCGACAGAAGGGUAUUCGCAGCUUGGAACACGUGAAGUAA